AUGUAUUGGGUAAAACCUAUAGUCUGGAAUGGUUUAGUUGUAAUAAAACGACUAUUCAAUCAAUAGCUUUAGAUUAUAUAUUGAAAAUACAAGGAUGGUAUGUAAUAUUUAUAAAAUAAUUAUUAAUUGUUCAAUCAGAUUCGGUCAAAUUGAAUUGAUUUAAUUGAUCAAAUGAUAUUGUAUAAUAGAAACUAAUCAAACAUCAGUCACAAUCAUUAAAACCAUACUUAACAGCUGUUAGAUCUUCAUUGACUGCAGCAAUAUGUUUGGAGGACUUUUCUUCACAAUUAGUGGAAAGACAUAACAGACCAGAGAUAGAAGUUGAUAAUAGUCACAACCCUGAAUUGAUAUUAAAUCCCAUGAUAAUAGCUAGAAACGAGAACGAAAAAAUCUUAAUUGAGCCCUCUGUAAACUCAGUUAGAGUGUCUAUAAAGAUCAAACAAGCAGAUGAAAUAGAGCAGAUCUUAGUUCAUAAGUUCACCAGGUUUUUAACUUCGAGGGCCGAAAAUUUCUUUAUUUUAAGAAGAGUCCCUAUAAAGGGAUACGAUAUAUCUUUCUUGAUUACUAACUUCCAUACUGAACAAAUGUUGAAGGACAAAUUGGUUGAUUUCAUCAUAGAAUUUAUGGAAGAUGUUGAUAAAGAAAUUAGUGAAAUGAAAUUGUUCUUGAAUGCUAGAGCUAGAGUUAUCGCUGAGGCCUACUUGACCCCAUUUGAUUAA